CAAGUCAAGAAUAAGUAGUAGGAAUUCCAUUCUCAUCUCCUCAACCCAUCACUAUUGCGUCUAUCUUCUCCUAUCUAUCUAAUUUUCUUCAGGAAAGCUGCAGAUUUGGGUCUUGAAAUGGGAAGAUCAGAGAAGAUGGAUAGAAAUGAAAACAACCCUGAUGAUGAUUUGAAAGAAAAACCCUUAAAGAAGAAUCAAGAAGAGGAUGGCGACGAAGACGAUGAGGGUGGAAGGACUAGAAACAGUGUGAGCUCAAGCAACAGCAGUGUUGAGGAGAGUGAGAAUAAGGGAAGUUCCGGCAGUGUUAGACAGUAUGUGCGAUCCAAGGUACCAAGGCUGCGUUGGACGCCUGAUCUCCACCUUUGUUUCGUUCAUGCCGUGGAAAGACUUGGGGGACAAGAAAAAGCAACUCCUAAACUAGUACUUCAGCUGAUGAACAUCAAGGGCCUUAGCAUCACUCAUGUUAAGAGUCAUUUACAGAUGUAUAGAAGCAAGAAGAUGGAUGAUCAGGGUGGAGUUAUAACCCAUGAAGGGAAUCUCAUGGGAACUAAAGAUCAACAAAUCCACAGCCAUUAUCAACUACUUCCCAUGAUAGAAAGUCAUGACAAUGAAGGGAUUAUUUCAAAUUUCAGAUUUAGUGAUUUUUCUUGGAGUACUGCCUAUGGGCACUGGAGUAAUUACCCUGAUGAAGGCAAUGGUGUAAGUUUGAGACAGAGACCUGGAUUCUAUAGUUCAUUAAGUGGACAAACUACCAAGAGAACUCAGAAUAUCCAUCAUGAAUUUCAACUGAGUAAUGAUCAUCUUUCCAACCAGACCCAAUCCAGAACAACCAUUAUGAUCAAUCCAAACUUAUAUGAUACCAGAUUGCAAGGAAAUGACAAAGAGAGAUGGAUCCACCAAGACACAACUUGGAGGGUGACCAGAGAGGAGAGAAACGCAGUACUAAAAAGGAAGCUGACACCCAACUGUGACCUUGAUUUGAACUUGUCGCUCAAUGUAACCUCAAGACAAAUAAUGGACUCUCGAAGAACUCAGAACAAGGAAGAAGAAGAAGAAGAAGAAGAAAGCUGUGGAUCUUUGUUUUUGUUGUCCCCUCCAUCAAAUAAUGAAAGAUACUCUAUUGAUCAUCUAAGCCAGACAUCAAAGGGGUUGGAAGGAGAAGAAAGGAUGAAAUCAAGAAUGCCAAGUACCCUGGAUCUGACUUUAUCAAUGGGAGCAUUCUAGUGAUUGUCUAUUAAGAUUCAAAAUAGAAUCAUAGAUCAUUGUCAUGUGUAUCCUCAGACAUUAUAAGUAAUAAGGUACUU